AUGGUGAGCAAAAAGAAGAAGUUGAAGGCAAAGAAGAGGAAGAUGGCGGAAUCAUGUGAAGACAUCGAUAUGAUCGAGGUCCCAUGCCACAGACGGGAAGUCGAAGAGGAUAAUAAGGCUGUAGCUGAUGGGAAGGAGAAUGGUAUGAAUCAAAAAGAUGGAUCCCUGAGCGAACUGCUGUCAAAACCUCGACACUGGAGCAAGCUUACCGACAAGGGUCGCGAAGCUUUUCGUAGAAUCUAUGGGUGGAUUUCUGAUGCCGAAGCUAUAGAUCUGCUGUGCUCGCUGAGCCCUCGUCGUGUUUGGCCGAGUGAAGUUCGCAUCGAACAUCCAUCCCCUGAAUCCUUGUGGGAAAGCAACAGCGCCUUACUACCACCCGAAGAACCUGAUGAGAACUCUUUCAAACGAGCCGCGAGCGCAAGAGAAGACCAGUAUCUUCUUGCUGGCACUAAUCAAGCCGCUAAUGCUGGUUCAACCACCCGGAAUAGCCGCUGGCGACAUGAUGAUAUACCGAAAGAGAAGAUUAUGAGCAUAUUUCAGACAGAGUUGGCGAAGUUGAGAGAACAGGAAUCCACAUUGGAAAGAGCCAUAGCGACCCGAUCGUUUGGUGGUGGACAUGUGAGAAAG